UUCUGAGCAGGAGGGCAUCGCCAAAUUUUUGUCAACAUCAAGUUGUAAUCAUCAAAGCGCGCAAAGCAGAUAUCAUUCGGCCUAUUUAAUAUUCCCCGUUGACGAAAACCAGCCAACGUAGCAGCUCUCCAUCCUUACAGGGGCCUACUGCUGGGGAAGUUGGCAUGCCUUGUUUGGCAAUUUUCUCUUACUUUUUCUUUUCUUUUUUUUUUUUUUUCAUUUUCUCGCCUUUCCUUUGUACUGUAUUUUCGUUUAGCAUGAUUUUGCAAAUCGUAUAUUGCGCUCAUGUGGAGGCUGUUAUGAACAAAAUUACACACAAACAAAGCACCUCGACUAGAUUUGGUUGUGGGAUAUUCGUGAUGUGGUAUAUCAGAACGCCCAAGGUACUAUUUACCUCCUUAUUUAUUGUCUUCUAUCUUUUUUUUUUCAAGCUUAGUAGAAAGUUUGGUCCAGUAUGUUGGGAUUAUUGUUCUAUAUACCUGAAUUGGUGUGUACUUGUACUUGUUUUCUUUUCUUGUUCUUUUUUUCUUGUGUUGGGCAUUUUGGCAGGGCAAAUUGAGCGGAGUCUAUGAGGUGACAAAGAUGCGCAUAUACGGAUGGGGUGGAGGUGAAGAAAGAGAGUUUUGCGAUUUGUUUUAUUUUUUUCUUCCGUUUGAAAGGAGCAGCAAGAAGAAUACAUGUGAGGAGUAUUUUCGCGUGCGAGACGACGUUUUUUUGAGCUCCUUAUUGUGUGAUUAUUACCAUUUGUUAGAUAUUCAUUUUUUUUCGCUUAUCACUAGCAGGUCUCGAGAUGAUAUCUCAAUCUCUACUUUUUCACACGACUAAGGUCUUGCUUGUAUCGGAUAGAGAUGCCGUGAACUCAUUUUCCGGUGAAACUGUGCCAGUUCUAAUGCAUGUCUGGUAUCAUCCAUAGACAAUUGCAUUCGACGGCUAACUGAUGCCGAGUCUCUGUUUCACCACUUCUGUGUACUGAGAAUGAAGGCCG